UGUAAACUUAAUUUGAAACGUAAAGAAGAUCGAACUUGCUAUUGUUAAUCGGUUAUUGUGGACACUCUUAAAAAAUUGUUGAAUUACUUUCGUCAAAUUUCAAUCCGUCAUCAAAACUGUACGAUGCUUUACUCAGCUGUCACGUAAAUUAUGAAACGUUAGAUGUUUAUUUAAAAUUCAAAUAAAUGAUAUUCAGUGAUUCAAUAAAAUGUUACUGAUUUAUCUAUUUUUCGGAACAUAUACUACUGAUUUAACGAACAAUCGAGCAAUAUUUGAAUGAAAACAGAUUGAAUUUUGCACCAACAUUUGCGACAAAGUUGUAAUUAGAAACAAUUUAAAUAACGUUUUAAGAAAAUGUCUUCGGCCGUCUCGCGUGGUUGCCUCGCCGUUGUACAUACUUCUCUGCUCCUCUACCUCAUAAUCCACCUUCAAACGGCAUUCACCAAAUUUCACGACGAACCCAGAGGCACCAAACGAGGAAAUAACGGUGGCAAUCGAGUUUCACAUUUCUACAACUUCCCACCUCCAAAAGUUUUACCGGUGAACGUCAUGAAGGAAAAAUUGGGAAAAGAUCUCAAUUUGGAGUUUUCGUCCUGGGAGCAACGAAGAAAUUCAACAUUAUCUCCACGACGCGCUCCUCCUAGAAACUCAGAAAUUCACCAAGAAAUUCAACGCUACAUGAACAACUUGGAUUUCACGUACGAGGACGAAAGGGGCAACAUUCAAAACAUGAGGGCAGAAGUUAGAAAGGUUCUCGAGAGGUGGUUGUUGACGCAGCACGAAUCCAGCUGUCGAGUGAGGCAGACCUGGUACGACAUGGGACCGAUGUUCUGGCCAAGGUACAUCAAGCAGGGAGAAUGCGAGGACGAUGAUGGCAGUGCGAACAAUGUUCCCACGUGCUCCUGGCCGCCUGGAAUGCACUGCGUGGCCGCCAAAAGUCACAUCAUCAGAUUACUAAAUUGGAAUUGCCGGAGACAGGACGAUGUUAAACAUUUAGCGAGUUGGAAACGCCACAAACGAAGCUCUACUGGUGAUGUUCAAAAGUUGGAUAAGUCGAACCACCGCCAAGUCAAGUUUCGAAAAUUCAAAAGAAGUCAAUCGAGUCAACAAUCGCAAAUGAAAUGCAAGUGGAAGAAAAUACCAUAUCCCAUAACGAAAGAAUGCUUCUGCUCUUGUUAAUUUGUUGCAAAUAGUUUUACACACACACACACACACAUAUAUAUAUAUAUAUAUAUAUAUAUAUAUAUAUAUAUAUUAAAAUGAAUGAAUUUGAACGGUGAAAUUUGAUAUCUACAAAUGAAUGCAUUUCAAAGUCAUUUUCACAGCAUUUUACUACAUGACUCUAGCAGCUUAACAAAUUUAAAAUGUACAAUAUGUAUUACGUGAGAACAUGUUGUGAGAUCAGUGUGUUUGUGUGUAAAUACCUUAGAUCAUAUCCAUGUAUGUGCGUGAAAAAUUUAAUAACAAAUGUAUCGUACCAAACCGAACUUCAAACAACAAGUCUGAUGUUAAUUUUUUAUUCUUGUAAAAAUAGUUUUAAAUUUCAAAAGUGUGUUUUAUUUGUUCAUAAAUGUGCAUAGUCCUUAAAUUAAAUG